AGGAAGGAACAAUUCCACAUGUGUCCAUGCACUUUUCGGAAGUUCUUUUCCCAGGGGCUCAUCACCUUUGGAAAAGACACGAGUGGAAUUUAGUAUUUCACCUGGCCGGGGCUUGUAUUUUGGGUUCCACAGGGGUCUCCAUGGAAGCCAUUCUGAAACUCUUUGGGGAAUGCUUCUUUAAAUUCUGCAAAAUGUCUGGCUAUGACCAGAUGUUACGGACACUGGGGGGAAACCUCACAGAGUUUACUGAAAACCUAGAUGCCCUCCACAGCUCUCUGGCGCACUCCUAUCAGGAGAUGAACGCACCAUCCUUUCGUGUGGAGAGAGGGGCAGAGGGGAAGAUGCUUCUCCAUUACUACUCUGAUAGAAGCGGUCUGUGCCACAUUGUACCAGGGAUCGUUGAAGCUGUGGCCAAGGACUUCUUCGACACUGACGUGACUGUGGACAUCCUUGACGUGAAUCAGGAGGAGGAGAGGACUGGGGAGAAGGAACACGUAGUGUUUCUGGUUGUGCAAAAGUCACACGGACAGAUGAGAAGGGCAAAGCCAAAGGGAUCCCAAGACAGUCAGGACAGCCAGAGAGGUCGAGAGACCCCGGAGGCAGCUUUCCUUAAGAUGAAAGAGAAAUAUUUGAGUGUCUCUAUUUAUGCCGUGAAGGAGUCCCACUGGGAAGUUGUGAGGAACAUAGUCAUGUUCGGAAAAGGGCAUCUCAGGGACACCUUUGAGCCGAUUUAUCCCGAGCGGCUCUGGAUAGAGGUGAAGACCUUCUGCACUGCUUUUCCCUUUCACGUGAUAUUUGAUGAAUCACUGCAGGUUAAACAAGCUGGAGUGAGCAUUCAGAAGUAUGCCCCGGGUCUCCAAACCCAGAAGAUUCGAUUAGAUGAGUACUUCUCCAUUGUCCAUCCGCAAGUCACCUUCAACAUUUUCAGCAUCUGCAAAUUUAUCAACAGUCAAUUUGUCCUGAAGGCGCGCAGGGGGAUACUGCCUGCAGCCUGGAGAAGUCAGCCCGCGCUCAAACCCUGAGGCCAGAUGAUCUGGACGGAGCCCCUGCGCCGCGUGUUGUACCUGUGGUCCCCCAGGCUCCGCAGCCUGCAGGAGCUGGAGGAGCGCCGGAUGCACCUCUCCGACAUCGCCCCCCACGACCCCACCAGGGACCUCAUCCUCCUCAACCAGCAGCGCCUGGCGGAGAUCGAGCUGUCCAACCAGCUGGAGAGGAAGGAGGAGGAGCUGCGGGUCCUCUCCACGCACUUGGCCGCAGAAAAGAAGAAGACCAGCCUUGCUGUAGCCAUGCUGCCUGAGCACGUGGCCAACCAGUUGAGGGAGGGCAGAAAGGUCGCCGCAGGAGAAUUUAAAACCUGCACGAUUCUCUUCAGUGACGUGGUGACAUUUACGAACAUCUGUGCUGCCUGUAAACCUAUCCAGAUAGUGAACAUGCUGAAUUCAAUGUACUCCAAGUUCGACAGGUUAACCAGCGUCCAUGAGGUCUACAAAGUGGAAACAAUAGGAGAUGCUUAUAUGGUGGUGGGGGGUGUACCAGGGACUGUUGGAAGCCACGCUCAGACGGUAGCGAACUUUGCCUUGGGGAUGAUGAUUUCUGCAAAAGAAGUGAUGAAUCUUACCGGAGAACCCAUCCAGAUCAGAGUGCGGAUCCACACGGGACCAGUCUUGGCAGGUGUUGUGGGGGACAAGAUGCUGCGGUACCGCUUGUUUGGCGACACUGUGAACGCAGCCUCUCGGAUGGAAAAUCAUGGGCUUCCCAGCAAAGUGCAUCUCAGCCCCACGACCUGCAGAGCCUUGGAGAAUCAAGGGUUUGAAAUAACCGAGCGGGGUGAAAUCGAAGCGAAAGGGAAAGGGAAGAUGACCACCUACUUUCUGAUACGAAACCUGAAGGCCUCAGAGGAUGAGAUCAUGGGGAAACCUCAGGCUCGGCUUGAUUCCGAGGAAGCAAGUGAUCAGGGAAGUCGGGAUGGCAAGACUCUGGCUGCCAUGAGGUAUGCGGACAGCUGGAAGCUGCACGAGAGUGACACGGCCUGUGGGGAGUACCCCAGAUGGCUGCAGAGCCCUCCAGACUGCACUGGGCCAGAGUGGAAGUGUGGGCAAGGAACAGCCCCCACGCUGCGGGUGAAUAGGAAACGGUGCUGUGUGAGCCAGAGGCUCCGAGAAAUGGAGACCUAG